AUGGCACCUACAGCCGACGUGCUCCCCGCCGCCGAAGCGUCCGCUCGGCCCGGCUUGCUGGUGCAGCCAUCGGAUACCAAGCUCCGCAAAGCCUCGUCCUUCCGCACGGAACAGGUCGUCAUCGAUGGAUACAAUCUCAAGAUCCAGGGUCUCGUCGCCUCGGCACGCUACGGCCACGUUCCCGUCCUCGACUCGUCCGCCGCUACGCGCAAGCGCAUUGACGACUCGGUCCAGUCGCUCAUCGCCAAGCUUGACCGUGGCGAAUCGAUCUACGGCAUCAACACGGGCUUUGGUGGAUCGGCUGAUUCGAGGACCGCCAACACGCGAGCCCUCCAGCUCGCCCUGCUCCAGAUGCAGCAAUGCGGUGUCUUGCCCGUCCCUUCAACAUUCCCCACUGGCGAGCCCAGCUCGGCUCCAUUUGCAUUGCCUUUGACAGACACCGAGUCGUCGUUGAUCAUGCCCGAGGCGUGGGUCAGGGGCGCCAUCGUGGUCAGGCUCAGCUCAUUGAUGCGCGGUCACUCGGGUGUGCGCUGGGAAGUGCUCGAAAAGAUGCAGAAGCUCUUCCUCGAGAACAACGUGACGCCUGUCGUCCCCGUCAGAUCCAGCAUCUCGGCGAGCGGCGAUCUCAGUCCGCUCAGCUACGUCGCCGGUGCUCUCGCUGGUCAGCGCGGCAUCUACUGCUUUGUUACGGAUCAGCGUGGCCAGCGCGUCAGGGUCACUGCGGACGAGGCUUGCCGCAUGCACAAUAUCACACCUGUACAGUACGAGCCCAAGGAGGCGCUUGGUUUGCUCAACGGUACCGCUUUUUCGGCGUCCGUCGCAGGCCUCGCUACCUACGAGGCCGAGAAGCUAGCCGCACUGACGCAGCUCACCACUGCCAUGGCCGUCGAGGCCCUCAAGGGUACCGACGCCAGCUUUGCUCCCUUCAUUCACGAGAUCGCCCGUCCCCACCCCGGUCAGAUCAAGAGUGCCAAGUUCAUCCGUGCGCUUUUGUCCGGGUCAAAACUUGCACUGCAUCUCGAGGACGAAAAACAUGUGCUCUUUUCGGAGGACAAUGGCACGCUGCGUCAGGACCGCUACACGCUCCGAACCGCUUCGCAGUGGGUCGGCCCCGGUCUCGAAGACAUUGAGAACGCCAAGCGCUCCGUCGACAUCGAGAUCAACAGCACCACCGACAACCCGAUGAUCGACCCCUACGAUGGCGAUGGGCGCAUUCACCACGGCGGCAACUUCCAGGCCAUGGCCAUGACCAACGCCGUUGAAAAGAUCCGCCUCGCUCUGUGCGCCAUGGGCAAGAUGACCUUCCAGCAGAUGACCGAGCUCGUCAACCCGGCCAUGAACCGCGGCCUGCCCGCCAACUUGGCUUCCACUCCCGAUCUCUCGCUCAACUUCCACGCCAAAGGUAUCGACAUCGCGCUCGCCAGUGUCACCUCGGAGCUCAUGUUCCUUGGCAACCCGGUGUCGACGCACGUGCAAAGCGCCGAGAUGGCCAACCAAGCGAUCAACUCGCUGGCGCUCAUCAGUGGUAGGCAGACGCUUCAGGCUGUCGAGUGUCUCUCGAUGAUCCAGGCUUGGUCGCUGUACAUCUUGUGCCAGGCGUACGACAUUCGCGCUCUGCAGCACAAGGUAGCUGAGCAGCUUCCCGCCCUCAUCCUUGGAUCGCUUCGCGUCCACUUUGGCGAAUGGAUGGACGAGGCCAAGCAGCAGGAGAUCGCAGUGCUGGUCCUCAAAAGCAUGAGCAAGCGUCUCGAUGAGACCUCUUCGAAGGAUCUGCGCGAUCGACUGGUGGAGACGUACCAGGAUGCCUCGUCGGUGCUGGUCAAGUACUUCUCCGAGCUGCCCAGCGGCGGUGGUGCCGAUCCGCUCAGGAACAUUGUCAAGUGGAGGGCGGCGGGCGUGCUCGACACGGAGGCGAUCUACAGGAACGUGACGGUGGAGUUCUUGGAUAACCCUCAUGCGUGUCAUGCGAGUCAUCUGUUGGGCAAGACGAAGCGAGCGUACGAGUUUGUCAGGAAGACAUUGGGAGUGCCGAUGCACGGCAAGGAGAAUCUGAACGAGUUUAGGGGCGAGUUUGAACAGUGGAAUACGACGGGUGGGUAUGUUUCGGUCAUCUAUGCUAGUAUCAGGGAUGGCGAGUUGUACAGCAUGUUGGGUGAGUUGGAGAGGGAUUUGUAG